CACAGUAAAACACACACACACACACACAGACUUUGCAUCAAGCUGCAGUCAGGAAAAGGACUGGGACUCAGUAAAGCAGUGAAAACAUAAUUGGAGGUACCGUGAGGAUGCAGGAGUAUGAUAUUAUAGUGCUUGGGACAGGACUGAAGGAAUGCAUCCUCUCAGGUUUGAUGUCUCUCAGUGGGAAAAAGGUUCUUCACAUUGACAGGAAUCCAUAUUAUGGAGGAGAAAAUGGAUCCAUUUCUCCACUUGAGGAGCUGUUCAAAAAGUUUAAAAUGUCUGGCUCUGCUAAACUGAUGGGCCGUGGGAAAGAGUGGAACGUGGACCUCAUCCCCAAAUUCUUUCUUGCCAGUGGUCAGCUGGUAAAGAUCUUGGUGCACACUGAAGUGACACGAUAUUUGGACUUUAAAGUUGUUGAAGGCAGCUUCGUGUAUAAAGCAGGAAAACUGCACAAAGUGCCUGCAACAGAAGAGGAGGCCCAGACUUCAGAUCUCAUGGGGAUGUUUGACAAAAGAAGGUUCAAGAAGCUGCUGCACUUCGCCUUGAACUUUGACAUCAGAAACCCUCGCACGUACCAAGACGUGGAUCCCGUGAAGACGACCACCAGGGACCUGUUUGCUCGCUUCGACCUGGGUUUGGAUGUCAUGGAGUUCACAGCUCACGCCAUAGCAUUACAUGCUAGUGAGAGUUAUUUGGACGAACCCUGUGUGGAAACCAUCAAUCGGAUCAGACUGUACGCUGAGUCCUCAACGCGCCACAACGCCAGUCCGUACCUCUACCCGGUGUACGGGCUGGGGGAGCUGCCACAGGGAUUCGCCAGACUGAGUGCGGAGUACGGAGGAACCUUCCUCCUGAACAGAGCGGUGGAUGAGAUAGUGAUGGAGAACGGCAAAGUCAAAGCAGUGAAGUCUGAGGGAAAGCUGUUCCAGUGCAAACAGCUCAUUUGUGAUCCCAGCUACGUUCCCAGUCGGGUCAGGAAAGUGGGGCGUGUCGUGCGAGUGAUCUGCUUGUUGAACCAUCCCGUUAAAAACACCCACGAGGCCAACUCCUGUCAGAUUAUAAUCCCUCAGGCACAACUCGGCAGGAAGUCAGAUAUCUACAUCUCGGUGGUGUCCUACACUCACAACGUGGCCUCAGACGGGAUGUACAUCGCCACGGUGAGCACCACUGCAGAAACCAACAACCCUGAGAAGGAAGUGCAGCCGGGGCUGGAGCUGCUUGAGCCCAUCAUGCACAAAUUUGUGUCUGUCAGCAACCUGAUGGUCCCAAAUGAAGACGGGAAGAAGAGUCAGAUCUUUGUGUCCCGCUCCUACGACGCCAUGAACCACUUUGAGUCUGAAUGCGAGGACAUUAAGGACGUGUACCACCGGCUCACAGGAGUAGAGCUCCGUUUCGGAGGAUCACGGCAUCAGUCUCAAAACUCUGACGACGACUGAGGAAAAACCAAGAAGACCAUGACAAAACUGGAAA